AGUGGGCGGUGUCAGCGAGCGUGACGUCAGGGGCUGUGUUAAACUGAAAGGAGACAAGGGGCUGCUGAUGCUGUGCUGUGAUCUUCAAGGUUAAGCAUUAGAACCAACAUACAAAACCAUGGGGGAGCUUUUCCGAAGUGAAGAGAUGACCCUUGCACAGCUUUUCCUCCAAUCGGAAGCUGCAUAUUGCUGUGUCAGCGAACUUGGGGAGCUGGGAAAAGUGCAAUUUCGAGAUUUAAAUCCAGAUGUCAACGUUUUCCAGCGAAAAUUUGUUAAUGAAGUACGAAGGUGUGAAGAAAUGGACCGUAAAUUGCGCUUUGUGGAAAAGGAGAUUAAAAAAGCCGGUAUCCCUAUUCUUGACACAGGGGAAAACCCUGAAGUUCCCUUCCCCCGAGACAUGAUUGACCUUGAGGCAAAUUUUGAGAAGAUUGAGAAUGAAUUGAAAGAGAUAAACACCAAUCAGGAAGCACUGAAGAGGAACUUUCUUGAGCUCACGGAGUUGAAAUACAUUCUACGCAAAACUCAGCAGUUUUUUGAUGAGGCUCAAUUGCAUCAUCAUCAGCAGAUGGCGGAUCCGGACCUACUGGAAGAAUCCUCCUCACUCUUGGAACCAAGCGAGAUUGGAAGAGGAACCCCACUGAGACUUGGUUUCGUGGCAGGAGUAAUUAACCGGGAGAGGAUACCAACUUUCGAGAGGAUGUUAUGGCGAGUUUGCCGUGGCAAUGUCUUUUUGCGUCAGGCAGAGAUAGAAAAUCCACUGGAAGAUCCAGUCACGGGGGACAGUGUUCACAAGUCUGUUUUCAUAAUUUUCUUCCAAGGAGACCAGCUGAAGAACAGGGUUAAGAAAAUCUGUGAGGGGUUUCGAGCUUCUCUCUACCCUUGUCCAGAGACUCCACAAGAGCGGAAAGAAAUGGCAGCUGGUGUGAAUACACGAAUUGAUGACUUACAAAUGGUGCUGAACCAAACAGAAGACCAUCGUCAACGUGUUCUGCAGGCUGCUGCCAAGACAAUCAGAGUGUGGUUUAUUAAAGUGCGAAAAAUGAAGGCCAUCUACCACACACUGAAUCUGUGUAAUAUUGAUGUAACCCAGAAAUGUCUGAUUGCUGAAGUCUGGUGUCCAGUUUCUGACCUUGAUUCCAUCCAGUUUGCCCUCAGAAGGGGAACUGAACACAGUGGAUCAACUGUCCCUUCAAUUCUUAACCGAAUGCAGACCAACCAAACACCACCAACGUACAACAAGACCAACAAGUUUACUUAUGGCUUCCAGAACAUUGUGGAUGCUUAUGGCAUUAGUAGUUACCGUGAGAUAAACCCAGCUCCCUACACCAUUAUUACUUUCCCAUUCCUAUUUGCUGUGAUGUUUGGGGACUUCGGCCAUGGGAUCCUGAUGACACUGAUCGCAGUCUGGAUGGUUCUGAGGGAGAGCCGAAUUCUUUCCCAAAAGAAUGACAAUGAGCUCUUCAACAUGAUAUUUAGUGGACGGUAUAUUAUCUUGUUAAUGGGUCUGUUCUCUACCUACACUGGUCUCAUCUACAAUGACUGUUUCUCAAAGGCUCUCAACCUGUUUGGUUCCUCGUGGAGUGUUAGGCCAAUGUUUGACGACCCAAAAGCAAACUGGUCAGAUGACCUUCUUAAGCAUGCAUCUGUUCUGCAGUUGGAUCCGAAUGUUACUGGAGUAUUCAAUGGACCAUACCCUUUUGGCAUUGAUCCGAUCUGGAGUAUCGCUAGCAACAAACUGACCUUUUUGAAUUCUUUUAAAAUGAAAAUGUCCGUGAUUCUCGGCAUCAUACACAUGAUUUUUGGAGUAACACUCAGCCUCUUGAAUUAUAUAUACUUCAAGAAGCCCCUGAACAUAUACCUGGGUUUUAUUCCAGAGAUCAUCUUCAUGUGUUCACUUUUUGGAUACCUGGUGAUCCUUAUAAUUUACAAGUGGUGUGCCUAUGAUGCAGCCACCUCCAUGACAGCUCCAAGCCUCCUCAUUCACUUCAUAAAUAUGUUCCUUUUCAGCUACAAUGACCCAACGCUUCCUAUGCUCUACAGUGGACAGGUGGGCUUGCAAUGUUUCCUGGUUGUUUGUGCAUUGAUCUGCGUGCCUUGGAUGCUGGUUGUUAAACCGGUCAUUCUCCGCCAUCAGUACUUGAGAAGAAAGCACUUGGGAACGCAUAACUUCGGAGGCAUCCGCGUUGGUAAUGGGCCUACAGAGGAAGAUGCCGAAAUAAUUCAGCACGACCAGCUGUCCAUGCACUCAGAAGAAGGAGAAGAGCCUUCUCCCCGGCGAGUUUCGGUAGUGGUUACCAGUGAGGAAGUAGAUAAAGAUGAAAUGGAAGUUGAAAUAUUUGUCCAGUCAUUCGACUUUGGAGACACAGUGGUCCACCAGGCUAUUCACACAAUUGAAUACUGUCUGGGAUGCAUUUCCAACACUGCUUCUUAUCUCCGACUUUGGGCUUUGAGCCUGGCACAUGCUCAAUUGUCUGAAGUCCUCUGGACUAUGGUAAUGCAUAUAGGCCUACAUGUCAGAAGCUUUGGAGGAAGUAUUCUGCUGGUCUUUGUGUUUGCUGCAUUUUCCACUUUGACGAUAGCCAUCCUUCUGAUUAUGGAGGGACUCUCCGCUUUCCUUCACGCUCUCCGUCUGCACUGGGUGGAAUUUCAGAACAAAUUUUACAUAGGAACUGGGUUCAAAUUCCUGCCAUUCUCCUUCGAGAGCAUCAGAGAGGGCAGAUUUGAUGACUGAGUACCAACUCUGCUGGACCUACCUAGCCCCUGUGAAGAUGUUCUUAGUUAAUUGUGUAUUUGUUUACUUGUGUGUUUGAAAACUUUGAGCAAAGGCCCAUUGAGAUGCUUAGUGUUAUAUUGAAGCCAUUGUGUUUGAACUUCAUGUUCUUUAAAAUCACACAUUUCCAGCCCAUUUUAAUGCAGAACUUGUCAGUAAAUUCACUUAAUUUGUCGGUGAGGAAAAACUUCAGCGUUGUAUUUUCACGGCACUGAUACACAAACGUUUUGGUGAGCGCCAAAGUGAAAAACAGUAAUUGAGAGCUGCACAACUUGUUCAAAAUAGCACAUUUUGCUGUGUUUAGUGCUUCCCCUUAUAUAUUGUUUAAAUGUUGAUCCUUACCCUUUUACAGGAUAAGCAUAUUGGAGAGCAGCUCUCACACCAACCACAACUACACUUGAUUUUCUUUGAAUGACACUCCUGUCACUAUUUAUUAUUUCCACCCUUAAGUAAUUAUCAAUAUAGUGUCCCAGAGCUCUUCCUCAUUCUCAAAUGGGUGAAAAAUAAAUAAAUAAAUGGUCCAAAGCAAAAGGAUGCCCUGAUGGCAACUUCUUUUGGGGGCUCGGCCAUGUAGCAGUAGAUAAAGCUUAAGACCACUCUCUCUGUCUUGUGAUCAGAUCACAGGCCUCAAAGCUAAAUGUGAAAUCCAGUUUUAUAAACCCAUUCUCAUUCCUUACCUCACUAUUUUGUGUAGUAGUUGUAAAAAUCUUUGGCAACAAUUACAAAUCUGUCAGUUUCCAUUCUUCAUUAGACUUAAAUACCCAACACUAGGAACCAUCAAACACCUUGCUAAGGAGAGCAGUGAUAGAGUGCCAGGUUGGACAUUAUUUCAUGAUCACUUACAUUUUGAAGGAGGGAGUUGUAAAAGACACUUAAAGACACUUAAAAUCAUAGAUUAUUACAUGUGGUGUUUUAUUGGACCACCUUGCAGUAACAUGGGA